AUGCGGCUGAAAAGGGCAAAGCAAUGUGCUAAAAUACUAACAGUUUAUUCCCGUUGUUUCGGCCUGAAUUUCAAGGAGCUUGAAAUAUUUUUGGAUUAUACAUUCGUUCGCCAAGCAUUGAUCCACCAAGUGAACAUAUUUGAGAGCCUUUCUAAUAUGGUUGGCAAAGGGAUACGCCUCGUGACCUCUUCCUGUGUCAUUUCUGAAUGUAAAGCCCUAGGGUCCCUGCUUUUUGGGGCGCUUAAAGUCCUGGAAGGCUUUAAGGUUCUUACUUGUCGACACGAAUAUGACCCUUCUCGUGGGGCAGCAUGGUGCAUGCGUAAACGUAUUCGAACUGCAAAAAGGCACAGCCACACUUAUGGGCACCCGAAGAAACAUGAAAAAUGUUUUCUUUUCGCAUUAGCUUCGAAUGAUGAGAACCUUCGUUUGCUGGCCCGCGAUGUACCCGGAAUGCCUUUAUUUAUGAUCGCACAACGAUGUAUCAACAUAGAGCCUAUACCUGCCUCCACACAAGCCUUGAUUGAAAGUAUGACUACUGAGAGUUUGAAACUGAGUGAAGCGGAGCUUCUCCUCCUCGCAAUUAUUAUAUACGGAGAAAACGCGGGUUUUGCUGCUUCUGUCAAAUGUUACAAAAAAUUCAAUCUUUUCGCGGCUAAAAUGGGCACCUCCGACGUUGGAAAUGGUUCUGCAACUUCGAGUUGGCUAUGA